AUGCUAAAGUUAAGCUUCAGGUGUGGCAAUGAAUUAAAAGAUAAUGUACAACUGUCUGUAAAUACAAAAGAAAGUAUAUUAAAUCUGGAGAAACAAUACUUUAAAAACUCUGAUCCAGCUUUUGACGAAUUUACGUUAGUUUCAGUCGGCUAUCAGAAAAAUGAUGAAUGGUGCAACAUUAUUGAGACCAACUUUGAUCAGUCUAUGCACAAUUUAAAAAUGCCAGAAAAUUCUACAAUUCUGUACACAUAUAAAAUUCCGGAGCAAGCAAAAGUAACCGAAAAUGUGGAACCGCCCUAUGACGAUCCGAAUGAUGUCAAUAUGUGCGAGUCAGACACAACUAUCAAUGAUCAAGACAAUAAUCUGCCUAGUUAUUGUCCUCCCGAGCCUGAUCCAUUACAAGAGAAAAGUAAAGCCGAAGGUGAGGCUGAAUUAAGAUUAGUAUUAAAGCUGUAA